AUGUUCGCUCGUCCCACGGACAUCCACUUUCCCUCAGCCACCGUAGCGUGUCGAGAUGGCCACCCCGGGCUGCGUUGGAGCACACCACCGAACGAGGCCUACAGCGGCAACUUCUUCACUUACUGCAUCAGUGGCAACUGCAGCACCGCUGACAACAACGUUCACGUCCUCAAGAGGACAUGCACCUUCACGCCCGCCGCGCCGCCGCCGGCGUCGGACCUCUUGCCCGCGGGUUCCUACGUGCUCAUGUGGAAGCCCACCAACCAGUUCCUCAGUGGGACGAGCAACACUACAGCAGGGCUCUCCACGAGCCGCAAUUACUGGGCCUUCGCAGCCGGCACUCUCCAGAGCGUGGGCGGCUCUGCCGGUUGCCUGUACGGUCAGUCUGUUACCACCACCAGCAGGUCGCCGGCUAAGGUGUCCCUGUCGCCCCAGUGCAGCGUCGGCUUCAACGAGAGAUCGUCGUGGCAGCUCGCCACGGACUCCCUCGGUCGCAGCUACAUCUACAACUCCUACUUCAACAGCUGCCUGGUGCCAGACGGUCACAGCGGGGUCAUCAUGUAUGGAGACUGCGGGGACAACGCCAAGAAUUGGGUCAUCACCCCGGUGGCCUGA